UUUUCACAGUCAGUGGACACAGAAAAAUUUCUAUAGCAGAACAAAAUCAGCAGGAUGGCUACGACUCUGUCUAAAAUAUGGUGCUUCUGCAAGAAAAGCAUGCUUACGCUUGACAACUUUUUAGUUGUAGUUACUAAAGAAACAAAUAGAAUGUGCAUUGUCGAAUUUUACCGUUUGCGAAGUAUCGUUGGAAAGGCUGCCGCCAACUCCCUUCUUAAAAACCCUUAUACGCACUCGCAAACAGUAUGCCCAUCUUUGCUAAACAUACCAGCAAAGUGUCGACCCUGAGAAUCGUCGACAUCAAAGCAAAGUCAUUGCCAAAUCUUGUUCGAUUUGCUCGAAAAGAAAAAGGAACAAAAACUGAUCCAUUUGCGUUGAUCGUAUUCCAAGGAAUAACUAAAAAAACUGAAGUAAUUCAAGAUGAACUAAAUCCAGUAUGGAACGAGUCAUUCGAAUGGGAUUUGCAAGGAAGAUCUUUAGUGCCCGAAGAUAACCUAGUCGUGCAGGUGAAAGACUGGGAACGAGUCGGUCGCAACAGACUUCUGGGUACAGCGACUAUUUCUCUGCGAGAUUUAGUCCGCAAUGACUGUAAUAGCAUGCAAGCUGACGUUAGCCUUCUGGAUGGCAAUCAACGUACAACACAGGCUAAGCUGUCCAUGCAACUGGAAUACAUUCCUCCGGCGUCAAAAGAACCAAAAAAGGACGGUGAAGACGAUGAAGAGAAUGUUACUAACGAGGAUGUUGCAAACUUAGGGAAAGGUGGAAUACGGAAGAUAAGAAAAGCAAGAUACGAGCUCUCGGAUAAACCACAAGAUUUUCAGGUUCGAAUCAAGGUGAUCGAAGGUCGUCAAUUGUCCGGUCAGAACAUCCAUCCUGUUGUUCGGAUCAGUGUCUCCAACCAGGUUCGCCAAACCCGUGUGAGAAAGUCGACAAACAAGCCGUUCUAUAACGAGAUAUUCUUCUUUAACUUUCAAAUGAAUCCAUCGACACUUUUUGAUGAAAUAAUCUCAUUUGAGGUGUUUAAUUCACGCAAGCUUCGUGCAAACGCGCUGAUUGGGUUCUUUAAAUUGGACGUGGGAAUGGUUUACGACGAAGAUGGACAUGCUUUUAGUCGAAAGUGGAUUUUGCUGACCGAUCCUGAAGAUAAAAUGGGCGGUGUUAAGGGAUAUUUGAAGACGUCCAUUUGUGUUCUUGGUCCAGGAGAUAAAGCUCCAUCUAUGGAAGAUGUGGAGUACACAGAUGAAAGCAGUGACGAUGUUGAAAACAAUCUUUUGUGUCCUGCUGGAGUUAGCUUACGACCUGGAAUGUUUUCAUUGAAAGUUUACAGAGCUGAGGACAUUCCCCAAAUGGACUCUGGAUUUGCGCAAGGCGUCAAGAAAAUUCUCAGUGUUGGGGAAGAAGUGAAGGAGUUAGUUGAUCCGUAUCUGGUGUUUUCUUUUGCUGGAAAGAAGAGAAAAACGAGGACCCAUUACAAUUCUGAUCAUCCAGAAUUCAACCAAGAACUUCAUCUUCCCUUUAAGUUUCCAUCUAUGUGUGAGAGACUGAGGCUUCGAUUGUUUGAUUGGGAUCGUUUGACGAGGGAUGAUUGCAUUGGAACUGUACAUCUUCCUAUUUCAGAGAUAUCUGGACAAGGAACAGAUGGUUUCCUACCGACGCUUGGACCUUGUUUUAUUAAUUUUUAUGGCUCCACAAGAGAGUACAGCGAUCUGCCUGACGAAUAUGACGAGCUUAAUUUGGGACAGGAUGAAGGAGUUGCUUAUAGAGGACGUCUGCUGGUCGAGUUGGAAUCGUCUUUGAAUUGUAAAAUUAACGAGCCUGUGGAGGACAUACAGAGUACAGAUAUUGUUCGAAUACAGCCGUUUCUCAGGCGACGAAAGUUCAAAUUAUUUGCAUGUUUUUUGGAGGCGCUCAUGAUAAGCAUCCAGGAUUCUCCCGUUGAGUUUGAAGUCAGUAUAGGAAACUACGGCAACAAGCUUGAUAAGUCGGUUGAGCCAUCGUCAUCCACAACACCGCCGACAAACGCCAUCUUUGAUGGAUGUCACUAUUACUACUUACCCUGGGGUCACACAAAACCGUGUAUAUCAGUGGACAGUCACUGGGAGGAUAUAUCAUUUCGACUGGAUCCUUUGAACAUCUUGCUUGAGAUAUGUGAAAAGCUGGAAAGCAACAUUGAAAGAGUCGAGAUAAGUUUGGAAUCUAGUGAAACGUUGGCUGAAACCGCUAUCAUAUUUAUUGCAUUGUUGGAUGAUUUGAUCGAAGACUGCAAAAAGACGUUGCCUCCAUUGAAAGCCAAAACGCUUGGUGUCAACGAACUUGAUAUUCACCUUCAUGAAGCUAGAAAACUUGAAAUGCAAUCCAUCGGUAACGAGGCGGCAAGACUGCGUCGAGUUGCAACGGAUAUUUCCGAAGCUCUGACGGAAGUCAAUGGAUUUUUGAUUCGUUUGAAGGACAUCACUAUCGAGCCUCAGAACUCCAUCCCCGAUGUAAUAAUCUGGAUGUUGAGUGGUUCUAAACGAGUGGCUUAUUACAGAAUACCUGCGUAUAGGUUGCUAUACUCAAAAAACAGCGCUGCCAAGGGCAAAUAUUGUGGCGAGGAGUUAGAUGUUAUCCUUAAAUAUCCAGGCAAAAAAGGCAAAAAUGUCGAGGAUUUUCCAGAGGUACCGGCCUACUUGCGUGUCAUGAUUUGGUUUGGAUUAGAGGAGGAUCAAGAGGAUUGGACGUCACGUGAGGAAGUUGAAGGAGAUUUCUCAGUCUUUGCCGAAACUUACGAGAAUCAAAUUUGCGUGUUGGGUUCGUGGACCUCGAAAGGCUGUCCUCGCCCCGCUUUUUCCAACGCAAGAGGAGAUCUUUCAUUACCAAAGUCCUGUUUCAAUCCUCCCGAUGGUUGGCAGUGGGAAGGUGGUUGGUUCAUAAGUCCAGAGCUAAGUUUAACAUAUGAUCGCGAUUCUGGUCACAAGAGUUUUCUCGAAGAUGCAUUCGAGAACGAAUCUCGCAUUCUUGGUGGAUCUUGGCAGGAUGCUGUUCCAGCAUGGACUGAUGUUAAAAGUGACGCUAUCACUCCCCGUCAUGAAAUAAGCUGCCCCCCCGGUUGGGUUUGGACAUCUGAAUGGAAAAUUGACUUGAACAGGGCUGUUGAUGAAAAAGGUUGGGAAUAUACUGUGGAAGCAACGUUAGCAAGCUAUGGUCCUGUUGAAAAAAUGUAUCACUUGUGUCGUCGACGAAGAUGGAUUAGGGAACGAAAACUGAUUAAAGAAAUAAAAAAAGACUCCGAUAAACAAAACGCGGAUAUGCGAGAGGGCUGGGAAUACUCAACAGUCUUCACAACUCGUUUCCAUGCCACCAAUCGUAAAAUGGAUCUCGUUCGCAGACGACGAUGGCAUCGCAAGAUGACCCAAUUAACCCCUAGUGCUCCCGCCGUGUUUCAUAUUAGUAGUCAGGAGGGAAAAGAACUUUGUCCUUUAUUGAACGCCCCACGAAUGUUCAUCACUUUUGAAAAACCACACAAGUAUCAGUUACGAGCUUACGUGUAUCAAGCGCGGGAUUUGAUUCCCUCUGACUCUUCUGGAAUGUCAGAUCCAUAUGUUCGUGUAUCAUUCGCCAACUCGAGUCAGGCCACUGCAAUUCUUCAACAGACAUUGUGUCCCACUUGGGACACGACUCUAAUCUUCGACAAUAUCCCUAUCUACGGUGAUGUAAGAGGUGUACAAACUGAUCCUCCUCAUGUCGUCCUGGAGUUUUUCGACCGGGAUGCAGUUGGAAAAGAUGAGUUUAUCGGCCGUACAAUUGUUAAACCGACAGUGAAAUUAAACGGUAACGAACCUCCAUUGCCCAUACUCCUGUGGUAUGACAUUAGGAAAGGGGAAGAAGAAGCUGGAGAACUACUUGCGGCAUUUGAACUGUUCUUGGAUGAAGGAGCUGACCUGCCAUUUGCUCCCCCUUUGAAAAACGAUUAUUAUCUAGUUCCCAGUGGCAUAAAGCCUGUUUUGCAAAGAACUGCAAUCGAGGUUUUAUGUUGGGGCGUACGAAACAUGAAAAAGUAUCAGUUGUCGAAGAUUUCAUCUCCCAGCAUCGAGUUUGAAGUUGGCGGUCACAUCAACGAGUCUACGGUCAUAAUGAAUACUGCGAAGAAUCCAAAUUUUGAGCAGCCGUUGUUCUUUUUCCAAGUCCAUCUUCCUCGCGAGGAUUUAUACAUGCCCCCAAUGAAUAUCAAGGUUCGCGAUAACCGUUCAUUUGGUCGUAAACCUGUCGUUGGUUUGUGUCUUAAGUCACUUCAUCGUUAUAGACGUGAACCACGUGAUCAUAUCGAUGGUCAAGAUGUUCAAGGUUCUCCACUCCCAGAGAAACGUGGAUCACACGUCUUGGAAAUCAAGGAAGAGAAGAAGAAAAAGAAACACGAUUCCGAGGAAGACCUUGAUUGGUGGUCCAAGUACUUUGCUUCAGUAGGAGAUUUGACAAAGUCCGACUAUCUUGAGAAAGGCUACAAUAAGAUAAAGAUUUACCCCUGUGAGUUGGAGAAAGUCGAAUCCUUCGAGAGGUUUGAAGAUUUUGUACAGACAUUUACGAUUCGCCGAGGAAAAAAUCGGACUAGAGAGGAAAACAGUGAUCAAAUUGUUGGAGAAUUUAAGGGAACUUUUCGAGUGUAUCCACUGCCCAACAACCCUAAGGAACCUCUACCUCCGAAGCAUUUAAAUAACCUACCUCCCAGCUCUCCUGUUGAAUGUAUCAUUCGUCUAUACGUCGUAAAGGGUAUUGACCUUCAGCCCAUGGAUGCGAACGGAUUGGCUGAUCCAUAUUUGAUUGUGGAACUUGGUAAACAGAAGUUUGAUAAUCGAGAUAAAUAUGUUCCGAAUACUCUCAACCCAAUCUUUGGAAGGAUGUUUGAGCUCACGGCCACCUUUCCUAUCAACAAAGAUCUUUGCGUCCGUGUCAUGGAUUACGAUGGGAUCUCUCGCGAUGAUGUCAUUGGUGAAACGAUCAUUGAUUUGGAAAAUAGAUUCUUGUCGAGACAUAGGGGUACCUGUGGUUUGCCCGAAACCUAUUGCAUAUCUGGCACAAACCAAUGGCGUGAUUCUUUAAGUCCCAAGGAAAUACUUUCCAAAUGGUGCGAAAGUGAGAACCUUUCGAAGCCUUACUAUAUCGGCAACACACAAGUUAUUGUCAACCAUCAAACAUAUUAUCUGACUGAAUUUGAGCGAGGUCUAACGGUCCACUCUCACAUGGGUCCACCAAGCCAAAGAUUGGCUUUACAUGUUCUUCAUUCUUUUGGCAUCUUCGUUCCGGAACAUGUGGAAACACGACCAUUAUACAAUCGUAUUCAACCUAGCAUUGAACAGGGAAAGCUUCAAUUGUUUGUUGAUAUAUUUCCAAAAGGACUUGGCAAUCCCGGGCCGCCAUUCGAUUUAUCUCCUAGAAAACCCAGUGCCUUUGAGCUGCGAGUGAUUAUUUGGAACACGAGUGACGUCAUCUUGGAUGAUACGUCAUUUAUGGGCGAAAAAAUGAGUGACAUAUACUUGAAAUGUUGGAUAGCAGGAAUUAACGAAAAGCAAAAAACCGAUGUUCACUUUAGAUCUCUGAACGGGGAAGGAAAUUUCAAUUGGAGGAUGAUUUUCCCUUUCGAAUAUCUUGCUGCAGAAAAAAUUAUGGUUAUCCACAAGAAGAGCCAUUUUUGGAGUCUUGACUAUAGGGAGGAACGCUUACCGCCGACUUUGAUCAUACAAGUCUGGGAUAAUGAUUCAUUUUCGCCCGAUGAUUUCCUAGGCUCUGCCGAACUUGAUUUGAACAAAGUUAUAAAGCCGGCAAAGAAGGCGAGAAAAUGUGGUCUUCAUCAAAUACCCGAUUUGGAAGAUGUAAAAUUUCUGAGCAGCGAAAAUGAAGCAAUUUCUCUCUUUGAGCAGAAAAGAAUGUACGGUUGGUGGCCGAUGAUUGGCGAAGAUGGAGAAAAAAGGAUAUUAGCAGGUAAAGUUGAAAUGUCCUUGGAGUUGCUGACCGUUGAAGAGAGUAAAGCCAAGCCGGCUGGUACGGGACGCAAUAAACCAAACACUAAUCCUGUGUUAGACGAACCUCAGCGCCCGGCGACGUCAUUUCGUUGGUUUACGUCUCCAUGGAAAUCCAUCCGUUUUAUAAUAUGGAGAAAAUACAAAUGGCAUAUUUUCGGUCUUAUUUUUCUAUUUCUUAUCCUACUUCUUAUUGGAAUCUUCUUGUAUUCAAUGCCGGGAUAUACUGUGAAGAAACUGUUUAAAGUUUGAAAGUUCAAGACGUCUUUAGUGAAUUAUCUGGUUUCUCGAUUUUGCAGAAAGUAUCACUAAAUAGUGUGAAGACACCUUAUCAGAAGCUGUUUGCUUAAAAAAAACGGAACAAAGUGUGCACAUAGUUAUUUUUAUGCUCAUUCGAAAAAAGGCUUGUGAAUGUCAGUAAAAUUCUGUUUGAUUCAGUA